AAGAGCGACGUGAUGACGUAGCGGAGCGUACGUGAGCUGUCAGUUGGCGCCGAGCCGGGGAGAAGCAGUCAGAGUCAGAUGGCGUCCCCCCCCUCCGUGCUAUUGGUCGAGCCGUUCUACGGGGGUUCUCACAAACAGCUGAUCGACCUGCUGCAGGAGAACGUCUCUGGCGUCUCCGUCUGCACGCUGCCGGCCAAGAAGUGGCCCUGGAGGGCCAGGACAGCAGCGCUGCUCUUCAGCCAGACCAUCCCCUGCUGCUCGUCCUACAGGGUGCUGUUCUGCAGCUCGGUGCUGAACCUGUGUGAGCUGGUGGCUCUGCGACCGGACCUGGCCCGUCUGAAGAAGGUUCUGUAUUUCCACGAGAACCAGCUGGUUUAUCCGGUCCGUAAAGAUCAGCAGAGAGACUUCCAGUAUGGAUACAACCAGAUCCUGUCAUGCCUGGUAUCAGACGUGGUGGUGUUUAACUCGUCCUACAACAUGGACUCCUUCCUGUCCUCCAUCUCGUCCUUCAUGAAGAAGAUCCCGGACCACCGGCCCCGAGACCUGGAUCAGCUGAUCCGCCCAAAGUGUGUCGUCCUGCACUUCCCUCUGCAGCUGCCGGACAUCAGCAGGAUGCUGCCCAAACACAAACUGCUCCGCAGGAAGCCUCACGCUGAUGACAUCAUCACACCGCAGGACCAGCUGCUGUCUCCACGGUGUGAAGAGAUCUCGGAGCAGGAAGAUCCACAUGAGUCCAGACCUGAACCAGGACCAGAAGACCAGCAGGACCCCAAAGACCAGAAGAAACCUCUCCACAUCGUCUGGCCACACAGGUGGGAACAUGACAAGAACCCCGAGCUGCUGUUCUCCACUCUGAUCAAACUGAAGGAGAGACGAGUCAACUUCCAUCUGUCAGUGUUAGGAGAAACUUACACUGAUGUACCAGAGGUCUUCGGGGAGGCCCAGCGCGUGUUGGAGCAACACAUCCUGAACUUCGGCUUCCUGUCCAGCAGAGAGGACUUCCUGCGGGUGCUGUGUGACGCCGACGUGGUCGUCUCCACCGCCAGACACGAGUUCUUCGGAGUCGCCAUGUUGGAGGCGGUUCACUGUGGCUGCUAUCCUCUGUGUCCCAAGGCUUUGGUCUAUCCCGAAAUAUUCCCAGCAGAGUACCUGUACUCCACACCUGAGCAGCUGUGUAAACGGCUGCAGCAACUCUGCAGGAGGCCCGACAUCGCCCGCAGACACGUUGUCAAGGUGGACGUGUCCCGCUUCUCCUGGGCGUCUCUGAAGGAGAGUUUUGAGACUCUGCUGACGGCCGACUGUCCCUGAACGCACCAGCUGUCCCUAAACGCACCGACUGUCCCUGAACGCACCAGCUGUUCCUGAACGCACCAUCUGUCCCUAAACGCACCGAGUGUCCCUGAACGCACCGAGUGUCCCUGAACGCACCAGCUGUCCCUAAACGCACCGACUGUCCCUGAACGCACCAGCUGUUCCUGAACGCACCAUCUGUCCCUAAACGCACCGAGUGUCCCUGAACGCACCAGCUGUUCUUGAACGCACCGACUGUCCCUAAACGCACCGACUGUCCCUGAACCCACCAGCUGUUCCUGAACGCACCAGCUGUCCCUAAUAGCACCGACUGUCCCUGAACGCACCAGCUGUUCCUGAACGCACCAGCUGUCCCUAAACGCACCGACUGUCCCUGAACGCACCAGCUGUUCCUGAACGCACCAGUUGUUCCCUACACGCACCGGCUGUCCCUAAACACACCAGUUGUUCCCUACACGCACCGACUGUCCCUGAACGCACCGUGUGCUCUGAAGGAAGCGUUAUUAUGGAACCCACGCAACUUCUGGGCAGGACCCGCCCUUCAUUAGCAUUCACACACUUCAAAUGGCCAGGAGUCCAUGCUUACGCAAGGUAACAUAACCUUAUUUGUUCAGGUCCUAACCCCAACCAAUCGGCUGCUUCGCAGGGCGGGACUUGUCUAGAAUUUAUGCAGGAUCCAUAAUAACGCUUGAAGGAGUGUUGUGAGACUCUGCUGGCAGUUGAUUGUCCCUGAACGCACCAUGCACUCUGAAGGACUGUUGUGAGACUCUACUGGCGGCAGACUGUCCCUGAACACACCAUGCACUCUGAAGGAGUGUUGUGAGACUCUACUGGCGGCUGACUGUCCCUGAACACACCGUGCACUUUGAAGGAGUGUGUCUCUGUUUCUAUUAAAAUCUACUUCUCUACUACA